AUGUCUAAUAUUGUAAUACCCAAGAAACGUUAUUCGACUUGGCGUAAAGAUUCAUUAAGGGAUUUUCAAACAUCAACAUUCACAAAGGAAAGACGUAAACAUAAAUCUGUCCCAAGUUCUUUAAAAACAGUAAUGGCUUUAUCUGGAUUAUUUGUUUGUGGUUUAAUGUUAUUAUUAAGUGGUAUAAUUGUUAUAUUUUCUCAAAAAGAUUUUGUUUUUCGUGCAGCCGGUGCCGGUCUUUCAUUAUUUGGAUUAAUUUCACUUUUAAUUUGUGCUUUAUUACAAAGAAAAAAUGUUGGAAAAUGGUUUUCAGAUAUGAGCAGGGAUUUAUUUGCUUUAAGAGAAGCAACAACAAUAAUUGAAAAUAAUAAUAAUAGAGAAAAUAAAAGAGAAAGUUUUAGUGUUAUUGAUGAAAUACCGGAUACUUUUAUUAGACAAUAA